UUCCAGCAUCAUGGCCUGGUGGGAAAUUGAUUCACCCUCCCAUUUUCUAUUUUUCAGUCUGGAUUUGGCGGUCAGAGUCUAGUCUUUCCAAACUCCCAGUUUCUUUUGGUCAUAGACGUUAUCAUCAAUAGUUACGUGCAAGAAGGUCUUUGCUCUCUUUCCCAAGUUACUCACGAUCCCCCUUCCUCCCACACCACACAGGGCUACCACCCAAUGCCCCACGAAGUGGAGAUCGCCCACACCAAGAAGCUGUUCCGGCGGCGGAGAAAUGACCGGAGACGGCAGCAGAGACCUCCAGGAGGAAACAAGCCCCAACAGCACGGUGACCACCAGCCGGGCAGUGCCAAACACAACAGGGACCACCAGAAAUCCUACCCGGGGGGCUCGGUGCCGCACCCCUCAGGGAGGCCCACCCAUCACGGCUACAGCCAGAACCGGCGUUGGCACAACAACAUGAAGCACCCCCCAGGCGACAAGGGGGAGGCAGGCACCCACCGCAAUGCCAAAGAGACCGUGACCAUGGAGAGCGCCAAACUUGAGGACGCCCUGGGGGACACGGGGCACGGCGGCCUCGAGCCCCCCCGCAGCCCUGAUGCCCCAGCCCCCGUGGCUUCUGAGAGGCUGCCCCCGCAGCAGCCGGGGGGUCCAGAGGCUGAGACAAAGCGUAAAGACAGUAUUAUUCCCGAGCGCGUCGGGGAGCGGCCCAAAAUUACCCUGCUCCAGUCUUCCAAAGACAGGCUGCGGCGAAGGCUGAAAGAAAAGGACGAAGUGGCAGUGGAGACCACCAACCCUCAGCAGAAUAAGAUGGACAAAUUGAUUGAGAUCCUGAACAGCAUGCGGAACAACAGCAGCGACGUGGAUGCCAAGCUCACCACCUUCAUGGAGGAGGCCCAGAACUCGACCAACUCCGAGGAGAUGCUGGGAGAGAUCGUUCGGACCAUCUACCAGAAGGCCGUGUCUGACCGCAGCUUCGCCUUCACGGCCGCCAAGCUCUGCGACAAGAUGGCACUCUUCAUGGUGGAGGGGACCAAGUUCCGGAGCCUGCUUCUCAACAUGCUUCAGGUGGCCCAAGCCUCCUUGGAACAGCAUAAGGGCCCAUCUGGUCUGCAGCCUGGAGCUUGUGGCUCAUCGAGAAAGGCCUGGAUGCUUCCUUCAGGGACACCCCCACCCCUACUUUGCCAGAAGGACUUCACCGUGCGGGAAGAGCUUCAGCAGCAGGAUGUGGAACGCUGGCUUGGCUUCAUCACCUUCCUGUGUGAGGUGUUCGGGACCAUGCGUAGCAGCACUGGCGAGCCCUUCCGCGUGCUCGUCUGCCCCAUCUACACCUGCCUCAGGGAGCCUCUGGCGGCCACCUCUGUUCUUUGCUUCUACAAGUUUGACUCUUUGAAAUACCUCAUGUGCUGCAGGCUAGACUGGGGUACGACGACAAAAGCCCUUCCUGAGAAGGUGCUACCUGAGAAGGUGCCCCUGAGACCUGAAGGCAGUGAGUGA